AUGUGGCCCCCCCUUCCCUCUCCCCGCCCCGGAAUGUCGGAAGAAACCCGACAGCGCAAAUUGGCCGCGGCCAAGAAAAAGUUGAGAGAAUAUCAGCAGAAGAACAGCCCUGGUAGUCCUGCAGGAGCAAAGAAGAAGAAAAAAAUAAAAAAUGGCAGUAGCCCUGAGUCAACCGCUUCUGGUGAUUGCCACUCACCUGAGGAUAUUCAGGACAUUCUGAAGGUGCUGGUGUCCGACCUUAAUCGUUCCAAUGGGGUAGCGCUGCCCCCAUUGGACAAGUGGAAGGCAUCCAAAGACUGCACUGCUCCUGUGCCACCAACUACUGAUGACACCGUGUCAUCUGGCAGUGUCCCUUCACCCAGUGCUAGUCUCACUAGCAUGACAUCACCUCAGAACCAUGAUGCUGACAAUGGCCCUAACCACAUGGAUGAGACCAAGACUUUGUCAUCGACUGAGAGUCUGCGACAACUCUCUCAACAGCUCAAUGGUCUUGUGUCUGAGUCCACAUCUUACAUCAACGGGGAGGGCCUUGCGUCUUCUGCUAACAUGAAGGAUCUGGAGAGCCGGUACCAAGAGCUAGCAGUAGCCCUGGACUCCAGCUAUCUAGCAAACAAACAACUCAGUAGCACGAUAGAGGAAUUGAAACAGCAGCACCAGGAAACUCUGGAUCAACUGGAAAAAGAGAAGAAAGAAUGUCAGCAGAAGUUGGCAAAGGAACAGGGGUCCCUCCGGGAACAACUGCAGGUUCACAUUCAGACCAUAGGGAUCCUAGUGUCUGAGAAGGCAGAAUUACAGACAGCCUUGGCCCACACUCACCAGGCAGCCAGACAGAAAGCAGAAGAGUCUGAGGAUCUUGCCAGCCGCCUGCGGUCAUCUCGGCAGCGCAUAGGAGAGCUGGAGCGGACUCUGUCUGCUGUCUCCACACAGCAGAAGCAGGCCGAAAGGUGCAAUAAGGAGUUAACCAAAGAGCGAGAUGCUCUCAAGCUGGACUUGUACAACAGCAAGAAAAACAGUGAGGACCUGAAGCAGCACAACUCUGAACUUGAGGAGAAGCUUCGAGUUUUAGUGACUGAGAAGGCAGCCAUGCAGCUUGGGAUGGAAGAGCUACAAAAGAAGCUGGAGAUGUCCGAGCUCCUGCUGCAACAACUCUCUAGCCAGUCUGAAGCCCCUGAUAGUAACCAGCAGUUACAGCAGGCCAUGGAAGAGCGGGCCAAGCUGGAGACACACGUGGGGCAGCUGAUGGAGUCGCUUCAGCAACUCCAGCUGGAGAGAGAUCAGUACGUGGGGCACCUGGAAGGAGAGCGUGCCGUCUGGCAGCAGAGGAUGCAGCAGAUGGCAGAGCAGGUGCGCACAUUGAGGGAGGAGAAGGAGCAUGGCCUGAGUCAGGUCCAGGAGCUGGAGACCUGCUUGGCUGAACUGAGGAGGCAGACAGCUGAGCCUCCACCCCCGGAGCCCCAAGUAGGGCCCUCUGAGGAAGAACAGCGGCUGCAGGCGGAGGUUGAACAGCUGCAGAAGCAGCUGGAGAGCCUGGCAGGUCAGCUCCAUGCCCAGGUUAAGGACAACGAGGGUCUGAGCUGCCUGAAUCGGGAGCAGGAGGAGCGGCUGCUGGAGCUGGAGCGGGCUGCGGAGCUCUGGGGCGAGCAGGCAGAGGAGCGCAAGCAGAUGCUGGACAGCAUGCAGAGCGAUCGCACCACCAUCAGCCGCGCGCUCUCCCAGAACCGCGAGCUCAAGGAGCAGCUGGCUGAGCUGCAGUCCGGCUUUGUCAGGCUGACCAAUGAGAACAUGGAGGUCACCAGUGCACUGCAGUCGGAGCAGCACGUGAAGACAGAGCUGGCCAAGAAGUUGGGCCAGCUGCAGGAAAAGCUGGGAGACCUGAAGGAGACGGUGGAGCUGAAGAACCAAGAGGUUCAGAGUCUGCAGCAGGAACGAGAGCUAUACCUGGCCCACCUGCAGCAGUACAUGGCCGCCUACCAGCAGCAUGUGGCCACCUACCAGCAGCUGACCUCCGAGAAGGAGGUGCUACACAAGCAGCUGUUGCUGCAGACCCAACUCAUGGACCAGCUGCAGCAUGAGGAGGUUCAGGGCAAAGCGGCAGCUGAGGUGGUCCGCCAGGAGUUGCAGGAGACCCAGGAGCGCCUGGAAGUGGCCAGCCAGCACAAUCAGCAGCUGCAGGUCCAGCUGAGCCUCAUGGCUAUGUCUGGGGAAGGAGAUGGAUCGGAAGAGAAGGGUGAGGAGGUUGCUCGGUCCAGGCUGACCAUCCCAGAGGACCUAGAGAGCCGAGAAGCCAUGGUGGCAUUCUUUAACUCAGCCCUAGCCAGCGCCGAGGAAGAGCAGGCACGGCUGCGUGGGCAGCUGAGGGAGCAGAAGGCUCAGUGCCAGCGCCUGGCUCACCUGGCAGCCCCAUUCCAGAAUGAGCCGGGGAAGGAGGCCCCAGUCCCUGGGAGCGGGGAUGACUGUGUGUCUGGGGAGACCCAUCGAGCUUUGCAGGGGGCCAUGGCAAAGCUGGAGAGCCGCUUUCUGGAGCUCAUGCAGGAGAAGGCAGAUUUAAAGGAGCGGGUAGAGGAACUGGAACACCGCUGCAUCCAGCUCUCUGGAGAGACAGACACCAUUGGUGAGUACAUUGCUCUGUACCAGAGCCAGAGGGCAGUGCUGAAGGAACGACACAGGGAGAAGGAGGAGUACAUCAGCCGGCUGGCCCAGGACAAGGAGGAAAUGAAGGUGAAGCUGCUGGAGCUGCAGGAGCUGGUGCUGCAGCUUGUGGGCGAGCGCAACCAGUGGCAGGGCAAGUUCUUGGCAGCUGCCCAGGGCCCUGCUGAUGAGCCCACUCCAGUGUCUCCAGCCCCUCAGGAACUUGGAUCUGCCAACAAACAGGGAGAUCUUUGUGAGGUGAGCCUCACUGACAACGUGGAGCCAGCACAAGGACAGGCUGGGGAGGGAUCUCCGCCUGAGAAUCCCACUGCACAGCAGAUCAUGCAGCUGCUGCGUGAGAUCCAGAACCCCCAGGAGCGCCCAGUCUUGGGCAACAAUCCCUGCAUCCCCUUCUUCUAUCGGGCAGACGAAAAUGAUGAGGUCAAGAUCAUGGUUAUCUGACAUGUGGGGCCGGGGGCUCUGCCCCCACCCUGUCCCUGCCACUCCUUCCCAGUCACCUCUUUAUCCUUAGAACAUUAAGACCCUGUUUAAAAAACAAAAAGAAAAAAAAAAAAAAAAAAGAUCAUGCAGCUGCUGUGUGAGAUCCAGAACUCCCAGGAGCGCCCAGGCUUGGGCAACAACCCCUGCACCCUUUCGUCUAUUGGGUGGAUGAGAAUGAUUAGGUCAAGAUCAUUGGUUGUCUGACAUGUCAGACAAAGCCCAAAGAAGUGGGGCCAGGGGCUCUCUCCUCAUGCAGUUCCUGCCACUUCUUCCCAGUCACCCCUUUACAGUAUUUAAGACCCCUGUCUAAAAAUGAAAAAAAAAAGAAAAAGAAAAAAAAAGACCCUUGUCUAAUGUGGGGACACGAACAGGUGCAAACCCUUUACCACCCUGGCCAGGUCUGAUGAGGCAAGACAACAGGGCAGCUCUAAAGGCAGGCCAAGACAAGGGCAUUGGGGAGGUGGGGCCCUAGUGGUAGGCCAGGCCAGAGGGGGCCUUAGUGGCAGGCUAAGUGAGGUCAGUCUUCCUUCUGGGGGCUCACAUCUUCCUGAGAGGCACUUUGGGGCAAGAGAGCCAUGCAGCAGUUUCCUGGGCCUUCAAAUAGUUGGGGCUAGGUGUCAGCCAGUGAGGACUGUCAGUGCGGGCGGUCCUUCCUUCAAGUGGCUUCCAUCCUCUCUCUCCAAGGCACUGAGGCUGGACCACCAGGCAGCGUUCUUUCUGGCCUGAUGACAGUUGGGGCCAACUGUAAACGAGGUGUGGGCACAGGCUAUUGGGGGGUGUGCUUCCCCUCCCUUAGUGUAUAUAUUGUAUCUGUGUAACAUUUUGUAUAUUCUGGGGCUAGGGCCGCCCCCUGUAUCAUAGCAGAGGUUGGAGCUAGCACAUGAGGAAGAGGUUCUAAUAAUUAUUUGGGGCUGGGAAACUUAUUUAUUGAUAGCACAGGACAGAGGAAGGAGGCGGGGACAGGGCUGUGGUGCCCUGGUGAUGCGGCUCCUGUUUAUUUUCCUUUUUAUUUCGGAAUAAAUGGAUUUAGCCAUA